AUGCUCAUGUUUGACCCAGUUCCUGUCAAGCAAGAGGCCAUGGACCCUGUCUCGGUGUCCUACCCAUCUAAUUACAUGGAGUCCAUCAAGCCCAGCAAGUACGGAGUCAUCUACUCCACACCAUUAUCCGACAAGUUCUUCCAGACCCCGGAAGUCCUGUCGCACGGCAUGCAGAUGGAGCCGGUGGACCUGACCGUGAACAAGCGGAGCUCGCCGCCCUCGGCCGGGAACUCGCCUUCCUCGCUGAAGUUCCAGCCCUCGCACCGGAGGGCCUCGCCCGGGCUGAGCAUGCCGUCGUCCAGCCCGCCCAUGAAGAAGUACUCGCCCCCGCCCCCGGGCGUGCAGCCCUUCAGCAUGCCGCUGUCCAUGCCGCCGGUGAUGGCCGCCGCCCUGUCCCGGCACGGCAUCCGGAGCCCGGGGAUCCUGCCGGUCAUCCAGCCCGUGGUGGUGCAGCCCGUCCCCUUCAUGUACACCAGCCACCUCCAGCAGCCGCUCAUGGUGUCCUUGUCCGAGGAGAUGGAAAACUCCAACAGUAGCAUGCAAGUACCUGUAAUUGAAUCAUAUGAGAAGCCUAUAUUACAGAAAAAAAUUAAAAUAGAACCUGGGAUCGAACCACAGAGGACAGAUUAUUAUCCUGAAGAAAUGUCACCCCCUUUAAUGAACUCAGUGUCCCCCCCGCAAGCAUUGUUGCAAGAGAAUCACCCUUCCGUCAUAGUACAGCCGGGGAAGAGACCUUUGCCUGUGGAAUCUCCAGACACCCAAAGGAAGCGAAGAAUACACAGAUGUGAUUAUGAAGGAUGCAACAAAGUGUACACUAAAAGCUCUCACUUGAAAGCACACAGAAGAACACAUACAGGAGAAAAACCCUACAAAUGCACAUGGGAAGGAUGCACAUGGAAAUUUGCUCGGUCUGAUGAACUCACAAGACAUUUCCGAAAACACACUGGAAUCAAACCUUUCCAGUGUCCGGACUGUGACCGCAGCUUCUCCCGUUCUGACCACCUUGCCCUCCAUAGGAAACGCCACAUGCUCGUUUGA